AUGGGCGAGCGUUGUUGCGCGGCGGUGCUGCGGGUGCUGGUGCUGCAGGCGGCCUGGGCGCUGUCGGGCGGGCAGGUGCGCUACUCGGUGCCGGAGGAAGCCAAGGCCGGCACGGUGGUGGGCCGUCUGGCGCAGGACCUGGGCCUGGAGGCGGGCGAGGCGGAGGCGCGGCGGCUGCGGCUGGUGGCGCAGGGGCGGCGGGCGAGCGUGGAGGUGAGCGGGGCGAGCGGCGCGCUGCUGGUGAGCUCGCGGCUGGACCGGGAGGAGCUGUGCGGCAAGAGCGCGCCGUGCGCGCUGCGGCUGGAGGUGCUGCUGGAGCGGCCGCUGCGCGUCUUCCAUGUGCAGCUGGAGGUCACCGACAUCAACGACAAUGCCCCCAUCUUCCCCGCCGCCCGAAAAAACCUCAGCAUCGCGGAAUUAUCUACGAUGCCGGGUUCUCGUUUCCCGCUGGAGGGCGCGUCGGAUGCAGAUAUCGGAGCGAACGCGCAGCUCACCUAUACACUCAGUCCCAGUGAGCACUUCUCUCUGGAUUUGCAAAAAUUGAAUGAGCGAAAUCUUGUUCCCGAACUCGUUUCAACGAAAUCCCUGGACCGCGAGACGGUUCCCAUUCACCGGUUGGUGCUGACGGCGAAUGACGGGGGCCGGCCGUCUCUGACGGGCACAAUGGAGCUGGUGAUCUCGGUGCUGGAUGCGAAUGACAACGCGCCCCAGUUCAACCAGUCUGUGUAUAAAGUGCAGCUGCCAGAAAUGCAGACGGGGCACCUUGUGAUCAGCGUAAAUGCCACGGAUCUGAUGAGGGAAUAACAGGAAAUAUCUCUAUUCUCGCGACUCUGUUCCCUCAGGGAAGAAAUGUAUUUCCGAAUCGACAGAAAUGGGGAAAUUCGUCUCACGGAGCACUUAGACUUUGAGGAGGUUCGUCUAUACCGCCUACAAGUGGAUGCUACAGAUCAAGGAAACCCUCCACUGUCGGGCCACUGCAAGGUGGUGCUGGAAGUGCUGGACGUGAAUGACAACGCGCCGGAGGUGUGGGUGACGUCGCUGUCGGUGCCGGUGCCGGAGGACGCGUCGGUGGGGACGGUGGUGGCCCUGCUGAGCGUGUCGGACCGCGACUCGGGCGAGAACAGUCGCGUGCGGUGCUGGGUGUGGCCGGCGUCGCCGUUCGGUCUGGAGGCGACGUUCGCGGGCUCGUACUCUUUGGUGCUGCGCGAGGCGCUAGACCGGGAGCGGGUGUCGGAGUACGAGGUGGAGGUGCGUGCGGAGGACGGCGGGGCGCCGGCGCUGCGCGCCAGCCACGGGCUGCGCGUGCCGGUGUCGGACGUGAACGACAACGCGCCCGCGUUCGCGCAGGCCGUGUACACGGUGCUGGCACGGGAGAACAACGCGGCGGGCGCGGAGCUGGCGCGGCUGUGGGCGCGGGACCCGGACGAGGCGGGCAACGGGCGCGUCAGCUACUCGGUGUGGGAGGGCGGCAUGAGCGUGGGCGGCGGCGGGGCCGCGGGGUCGUCGUCGAGCAGCGGGUGGCGUCCGGCGUCGAGCUACGUGUCGGUGGACGCGGAGAGCGGGCGGCUGUGGGCGCUGCAGCCCUUGGACUACGAGGAGCUGCAGGUGCUGCAGUUCGAGGUGCGCGCGGUGGACGCGGGGGAGCCGCCGCUGAGCGGCAACGCCACGGUGCAGCUCUUCGUGCUGGACGAGAACGACAACGCGCCGGCGCUGCUGCCGCCCGCGGGCUCGGCACCGGAGGCGGGCGCCGUGGCGGCACCGGAGUCGGGCUCGGAGUCGGGGACGCUGUGGGCGUGGGCGGCGUGGGGGGCGCCGGCGGGGCAGGUGGUGGCGAAGAUCCGCGCCGUGGACGCCGACUCGGGCUACAACGCGUGGCUGCGCUACGAGCUGUGGGAGCCGCGGGGCAAGGGCCCGUUCCGCGUGGGGCUCUACAGCGGCGAGGUGAGCACGGCGCGGGCGCUGGACGAGGCGGACGGGCCUCGCCAGAGGCUGCUGAUCGUCGUGCGCGACCACGGCGAGCCGGCGCGCUCGGCCACGGCCACGCUCAGCGUGUCGCUGCUCGAGGCCGCCGAGGCGGCGCUGGCCGCGGGAUCCUCGUCGUCGUCGUCGCUGUCGCGCUCGGCGGCGGGCGCGGAGCUGGGGCCCGGCGCAGCGAGCGCGGCCACCAACGUGUGGCUGGUGGUGGCCAUCUGCGCCGUGUCCAGCCUGUUCCUGCUGGCCGUCGUGCUGUACGGGGCGUCGCGCUGGGCGCCGCGGGCGGCCGUGCUCUCGGGGCCCGGGCCCACCACGCUCGUGUGCGCCAGCGAAGUGGGCAGCUGGUCCUACUCGCAGCGCCACAGCCGGAGCCUGUGCGUGGCCGACGGCGCUGCCAAGAGCGACCUCAUGGUUUUCAGCCCCAACUUCCCUCCUCCGCCGCCCGGUCCCGCGCCCAAGGACACGCAGCCGGAGCCCUCUGCUCUCCUCGACACGUUUUUGUUAGGUGUAGUUGUUAAUUUGCAUUUCUGGAUGAACAGGUGA